AUGAACUAUUGUGUAAAUGAAUCAGAUUUCACACCACAGAUAUUACUAAGUGUACAGUCUUUGCUUAUAAUAAUGGGCAGAAAACAUAUUGUCCGAGGAAUGGACACAAUUGUUGGAAGAGCUGCUGACCCUCUCGAACUUUUUGUAGUCGAUGAAUGUGAAAACACAAGAAUUUCACUAAUUACGUGUAAAGUUGUUGUACAUUAUAGAUCAAUUCCCAAGAACUGGAGGGAAAUAGGUGGCAUCUCAUCAAGUGAUGGCUCUCCAUUCAUUGAUAAUGGGAGAACAUUCUUCUGCCAGAAACGAUUUGUGAAACGUUUUGGUGGAUGUGAGGUGAAAGAAAAACAAUGGCAAGAGAACCAUCUUAUGCAUCAAACAGCUGUAAUUUGUAACCAAAUGAUUAUUCAUCUGAUUUUGAUGCCCAAGCUUAUUUUCACGCAUUUUGGCAAAAAUGAGCCAUUAGAUGUAUCUGAUUAUAUUCUCCAGUGGGAAAAGUCUUACGAUAAUUUAGCCAUUCAAGAAAAACAUAACCAAAAUCUUACAUGGAACAUUUUUCACGUGGAUCAUUUAUCGAGAGAUGUAUGGCCACAUUUAAUUUUGUCCCCCAUUCCAUCACUGUUGAAAAUAAAGAAAAGCAGUUAUCUUACACACCAUGAGCAACUCUGUCAUCCAGCAAUUCGCUACAUCAGGUUGUCACUGGAAGGGUAUGACAGAGAAAAGGCACGCUUUGAAGACUAUUCGGAAGAGAAGCUUACUGGAGAUACUGACUUCAGAUUUGCAGAACAUAUUGCAGUGCGAUCUCCAGAUGUUUACCAAACAUGGGUGCUGAUUGGCAGUCACGAUUGCCUAUGGUUAGGUCAUAGUGGUACCUUAUACUGUGACAGUUUUAUGACAGUGAAAACCAGAAAGCCUGACCCAUCAAAAAGCCUGCUGAGCACAAGAGUGCCAUUAGGCCUUCUAGGCCAUUGGCCUUCUGAGUCACUGCAACAGUUGCCUAUGCUUCUGAGUCACUGCAACAGUUGCCUAUGGUUAGGUCAUAGUGGUACCUUAUACUGUGACAGUUUUAUGACAGUGAAAACCAGAAAGCCUGACCCAUCAAAAAGCCUGCUGAGCACAAGAGUGCCAUUAGGCCUUCUAGGCCAUUGGCCUUCUGAGUCACUGCAACAGUUGCCUAUGCUUCUGAGUCACUGCAACAGUUGCCUAUGGUUAGGUCAUAGUGGUACCUUAUACUGUGACAGUUUUAUGACAGUGAAAACCAGAAAGCCUGACCCAUCAAAAAGCCUGCUGAGCACAAGAGUGCCAUUAGGCCUUCUAGGCCAUUGGCUCACGAGUUUGUGCUGGCUUCUUGCCUCAUUCCCUGUAGCUUCUGAGUCACUGCAACAGUUGCCUAUGCUUCUGAGUCACUGCAACAGUUGCCUAUGGUUAGGUCAUAGUGGUACCUUAUACUGUGACAGUUUUAUGACAGUGAAAACCAGAAUCAUUACUGGCUUGAAUUCUUCACGAUCUUCCACUUCCUACCUUGAAUGCAUUAUACUGAGCAAAGUUACAACUUUUCCCUUUUUCGGACAAUAUGAAACAAUUGAAGCAUGCUCUUGGAAUCCUAAAAUAGAUGAAUAUUUGACUCGACCUUUGGCUGGACGUCUGCACUGUCCAAAUCUUCUUCUCUACUUCCGUCUGAUUGAGAAAUAUUCUCUUCUAAGAUGUCAAUUUAUCCAUCGCUGCAUGAGACAUCAGAAACUGUUGUUGUUGUUGUCAGUCCUGAGACUGAUAGAGGAUUAUUCCACAGUAACAUUUCAAGCACUUCGUCUUCGGAAAGGUGACGAGACAUUUCCCAAUAGAUGCAACACACACAAUCGUAGUCUCCACUUGUAUGGAACAAAUAACUGUCAGCUUAUAAAGUAUUGGCAACAAUCAUACGCUACAACAAUAUUUACAAGAAUAAAACAGCAACAGCAACAGUUAUGGAUUCAAUGCAGCAUUAUUGGGCACUGUAAUGCCUGUAAGCAAGUGGAGCAGAGAAAGGUGUUCACAACUCCACUGGUCGAUGAAGAGAUUCCCUCCAGUUCAAUGAAUCAGAUACAGUACAGAGUUGUUAGAUGGAGGAAUACAGAGUACCAAGUAGGAACCAGUGUGUACCUUCAACCAGGGUCCUUCAAAUUAAGAAAUCUGUGCACUACCUUCUAUGAUAAACCAGAAAAGAGGAAGGUCAAUGAAGAUAUUUACACAGAGUUUUAUCGAAAGAUGGAAGAUGGCAUUAAAGGUUCCAAUGAAGAUACACCUGAGCCAUUCUGUAUUGGCCUUAUUACGUGCAUAUUUGUAGAAAAUAGUGAGAACUGUGCAAAGGAUAUUAAAUUAAGAGUAAAAAUGUUUUACAGGCCAGAAAAUGUAAUGAAUGAAAUAGAAGAUGUCUUAAAAGUAGAUCUUAACAAGUUGUAUUGGAGUGACGAUGAGUGCAUAGUGCCUUUUGAAAAUGUUGUUGGAAAAUGCUGUGUGGUGUACAGUAACAAUUUGACUGUACCAGUAACGAAGUGGUCAUGUGAAGGACCAAACAGAUUUUACUUCACAGAAACUUUUAAUUCAUCGACAAAGACAUUCAGUAGGCCUACACUUCGAGGAGAAGCAUCCCUUCUUGGAAAGCGAAUCAAGGACAGCCAGGGUAGGAUGGAUGCAGGUGAGGUGAACUAUUGGCCAGAUUGUAACAGGAAGUUGAGAACAUUGGAUAUUUUUGCUGGUUGUGGAGGUCUUUCAUAUGGUCUUCAGCAGUCAGGUGUUGCUGAGAUAUGCUGGGCAAUAGAAAAAGAUGUGGCUGCUGCAGAAGCCUUCAGCCGUAAUCAUCCACACUGCACUGUUUUAAUGGAUGACUGCAAUUUGUUGCUCCAACUUGUAAUGAAUGGAGGCAUAGAAAACAGUAAACAUCAGCAACUCCCACAGAAAGGAGAAGUUGACCUGAUAUGUGGAGGACCACCAUGCCAAGGUUUCAGUGGAAUGAAUAGGUUUAGCGAAAAGCUAUACUCACGUUUCCAGAAUUCCCUGGUUGCUUCUUUCCUGUCUUAUUGUGAUUAUUACCGGCCAAGAUUUGUCAUCAUGGAGAAUGUUCGCAAUUUUGUAGCAUUUAAGCAGAGUGUGGUUUUAAACUUGACUCUUAGAGCUUUGCUGGAGAUUGGUUACCAGUGUACAUUCACAGUACUUCAGGCAGGUAAUUUUGGUGUGCCACAGAGCAGAAAGAGGGUAAUACUCCUUGCCGCAGCUCCUGGAGAGCUCCUGCCUAGCUUUCCAGAACCGACACAUGCAUUUAGUCAAAGUUUGUGUCAGCUGAAUGCGGCAGUAAGUGGACAAACAUACUACUCAAAUUGUAAUCGGAUGUAUUCAGCCCCAAUGCGCACUAUAACAGUGUGUGAUGCUCUUUCUGAUCUUCCAGAAAUUCCAAACGGGCAUGAUAAAUGUGAAAUUCAUUACAAGAAAAGACCACUGACACAUUUCCAGCGUUUGGUCCGUGGUAAUGAGAAACAGAAGAUAUUGCGAGAUCACAUCUGCAAGAAGUUGAAUCCUCUAAAUGAAGCACGUGUUGCAAAUAUCCCUACAAAUGCAGGAGCUGACUGGAGGGAUUUGCCAAAUAUUGCCAUGCGGCUUUGUGAUGGCUCUUACCUGGAAGAACUCAUAUAUACCAACUAUGACCCAAGAAGUGGACAGAUGCGUGGUGUUUGUCCUUGUGCUGAAGGCAAGGAAUGUGAUCCUACAUACAAGCAGAAUAACACACUUAUCCCUUGGUCUUAUGUUCACACUGCCUAUGAUCACAACAACUGGCAAGGGAGGUUUGGCCGUGUAAACUGGAAUGGUUUCUUCAGCACAAUAACAACAAAUCCAGAUCCAUCAGGAAUACAGGGUCGAGUUCUUCAUCCAAAACAGCCAAGAAUAAUGAGUGUUAGAGAAUUUGCAAGAGUGCAGGGCUUCCCUGAUAGUUUUAUUUUCUGUGGAUCAAUGGCAGAUAAGUACCGUCAGGUUGGAAAUGCUGUUCCACCACCACUGAGUGCUGCUGUUGGCCAUGAAAUAGCAAAAUGCUUGGUAAUUCACACAGCAAGACAGUGCAGCAAAUGA